AUGGUGAAGUGUUGUGUUGUCUUUUGUACAUCGGGGUACAAAAACAACAAAGAAAAUGUGUCGAAAUUUGCAGCUCCUCGCGAUCCGGAAUUACGCAAAAAAUGGGCCAAAGCAAUUCCCAGACAAAAUUUUGUUUUAACUGAUUCCACAUAUGUAUGUGAAAAACAUUUUAACGAAUCAGAUAUAAUACGGUAUUGGCAGUCUGGUAGUGAUCCUACAACAAUUGUUAAGAUUCCGUAUAAAAUACCUAAGUUGGUAAAAAAUGCAGUUCCUUCAAUAUUCCCUGGACCAAAAUAUCUAUCAAAAGAAAUAAAAAAAAGAAAACCUCCUACUGUACGCCAGAAUGCUUCUAAUAGUGAGAAAAAACUAAAAAUUCAAAAUAAUACUGAAGACUGUCAACAGCUGAAUUGUGAUUUAAAUGAAAGUACAUCACAUAUUUCAACUAAUAAUUUAUAUGAUCAAAUCCAUUCUUUAGCUACAAGUGGUACUCUAACAUCUUAUAUUCCUUGGCCUGAGACUUCAGGAAUUUGCAAAGGAUUUAAUGCUGAAACAAGUCAUUGUUUUUCUUCAUUUUGUUCAGGAGUUUCCUUUUCAAUUAUUGAAAAAUGUGUAAGUGUGAAAAUUGACGGUACAAUAACAUUUGGUGUGUUUGGAAAAAAAAUUGAAGAACAAAAACUUAACAUCAUUCCAGCAAAAAAUGUUGAAGAAUUUGUAAAAAAUCUACAAGAUUUUGAAAAAAUCAAUGUAUGUCACGGUGGGCCACUUGUAGAAAAUUUUCAAAAACAUUCCACAGCAUUAUGUGUUGCUGAUUGUACUGGAAGGCUACGACACAUUGAUUGCUGCCUCAUAAUUGAAAAAAAUUUAAAAUAUUGUAUUAAAUGUCAAAAACUAUGUAAAUCAUUAGCAAUGUGGAAAAAAAGAAAAGAAAAUGGUGCACAAGAACGCAUAUUUUUAUGUCCUACCAAAAGACAACGUUUAAAUAAAUUGCAAAGAGACAAAAUAUGCUUAAAAAAAAAAGUUUUAAGGGCUAAUAAAAAGCUUGAAAAUUUAAGAUUAGAAUUACAUGAAGUUAAAAAUGGUAUGGCAAAAUAUUCUGAUAAAUUGAUUGAAAAAGAACUAACAAAAAUAGAAGGGAUGAAUGAAUCUCAAAAAACUCUUAUCAGAGAGUGUUUUGCAGCUAGUAAAAUAAAAAAUAGCAGAAAUCGAAGAUAUAGCGAAAACUGGUUAUUGUUAUGCCUUUUAUUUAGUAUUCGUUCCCCUGGUGCUUAUAAAUAUUUGAGAGAGAGUCAAUUGUUACCUUUACCCCAUAUGAAAACAGUACGUCAAUUACUUUCCUCUUUAAAAACCACAUGUGGUUUUGAUAGUGAAUUUUUAACUCUUUUGGGAAAGAAAGUACAGCAUAUGUCUUCUGUAGAAAAACACGGCGUUCUUAUAUUUGAUGAAGUUAAUUUACGCCAAUCUUUACAAGUAAAUACAUCUAAUUUAUCGUACAUUGGACUCGAAGAUUAUGGUGAUGCAGAUAUAUCAAAAAGUCAUAAAGAAUAUGCAAAUCACGCGCUUGUAUUUAUGUGGCAAUCAUUGGCCUCAAAUUUCUCUCAAACUGUAGGAGUAUUUGCUACUAAAGGCGAAGUAAAAGGUACUACUUUGGCUCAACUAGUCUUGAAAGCAAUAACAUUAUUAGAAAAAAAUGGCAUUUUAGUUGAUGGUAUUAUAUGUGAUGGAGCCACUACUAAUAAAAAAAUGUGGAAAGAACUAGGAGUUAAUGGAACUCAAGAUAAAUUAAAACAUUAUUUUGAGCAUCCAUUGGACGAAAAUCGAAAGAUUUAUGCAUUUUCAGAUUUUGUACAUGUUUUUAAAUGUGUGCGUAAUCGUCUUUACAACAAUACAUCUUUAAGACUUCAUCAUGACAGUGACAGUGUAUCAUGGAGUUAUUUUAAAGAAGUAUACAAAAAUGAUAUUCUACAUCCUGCAAAUUUGAGAUUGAUACCAAGGAUAACACCCCAACAUCUUCAACUCUCCUCUAUGUCAAAAAUGAGAGUACGCCUUUGUACACAAGUUUUCAGUAUGAGUAUGGCACAGGCAUUAAGAUUUUAUAUGAAAAAAGGUUGUUUGAUGCUUAAAGGAGCUUCAGAAACUGCAAACUUUGUAGAAUAUUGGAAUAAUUUAUUUGACAAUUUUAACAGAAUUCUACCUUGGCAAGGACUUAGGAUUGGUGAUGAAGGAUUUGAAAAGUUCUAUGAUGCCAUUAAUUACUUAAAUUCUUGGGAAAAUGAAGUAAUUGCUCAUCACAUAACACCAGAAGAGUUUUUAACACCUCAAACUGCACAGAGUCUCCGAGUAACAUUACAUUCUACAAUAGACCUUUCGAUGUAUUUAUUGGAAAAAUGUGGUUUCGAAUAUGUUCUUACGGGGAAAAUGUGCCAGGAUCCGUUAGAAAAAUUUUUUGGUAUUAUUAGACAGGCGGCUGGUCCAAACGAUCAUCCCACUACACCCACCUUCUUACAUUUGUACAAAAUUCUUUCUGUAUAUUCGGUGCUAAAACCACCAAAGUAUGGAAAUUGUACAGUUGUAAAUUCUGAUUCACAAAAAAUAUCUUUAGCAGACAUUCGAGAUAUAUUUCAUGAAAAGCCCUCAGAAAGAUGGGAAAAAAUUGAAAAAUUAAAAACAAAACUAGAUAGUCUUGUGGAAAACAAUGAAUGGGAAGCAUGUGAUGUUCUUCCUAUUAUUGAUUCAGAUGGUGAAUCUAGUGUACAGGAUUGCAUAGUUUAUUAUGUUUGUGGGUAUGUAACCAAGAAAAUACUUAAACACAAAAAAUGUAGCAAAUGCAUUGCGUUUUUAAAUAACGGUGUUGUUACACACUCUGCAGGAGAACUCGUUGUUGCCAAAUCUAGAGGUUUAUUAGUUCAUCCUAAUGGAUAUUUGUUUGAUUUUUUGAAAUCUGUUGAACAUUCUUUUGCUAAAUAUUGUGGCGAUUUAGAUGUAUUUGAGAAAGUUAUAAGUGACAUAACGAAGAAUAUUAAUUUUAAAUUCUCAUGUAGCAUACACUUAGUAGAAGUUACUACCGAACUAAUUGUAUAUUAUGUUCAAAUGAGAAUGAGACAGUAUAGCUACCAAGAAAAUCUCAAGUGUAAAAAGUUAUCCAGGGAAAAGAAAAAACAGUCUAAAUUAUGUAAUACAUGUGGGAUUGGGUCACCAAAAUGUAUACUGGAUAAAUUAACAACAGAAACGUAA